AUCCUCAACUACACACCGGAUUGGCGAGAAUUGUUGUCUCCUUGGUUACCAAUGAUGAAAUACCCAAGCCCCACGCGCACAAGCAUUGUGGUAAACACUGCAAUGAUGGAGUGUGCACUGUGCAACUCGGACCCACCGAUAUGACGCAAGGUAGGCAACCAUUUCCAAAUUUGGGUAUCCUCCACGUCACCCGCAAGAAAGUCGAAAAGGUCCUGAAGGACCGGUUGCGUGAGCAGCAGAAAAUGUACCGCUCGGUGCUCAGCGACAAAGACUGCCGAGCACAGGGGAUGAUGGACACAGAAGACCAGCUGCCAAGAAGGCAAAGGAAGUGGCCAAAAGUGGACCUGUCCGUGGUGCGGCUGUGUUUCCAGGCCUACCUUCCAGACGCGGACGGUCACUUCAACCAGCCACUGGCACCGGUCGUGUCUGUGCCCAUAUAUGACAGCAAGGCACCGGGGGCCACCACCCUGAAAAUCUGCCGUAUGGACAAGAGCUCGGGCUGCGUGACGGGCAACGAAGAGGUCUACUUGCUGUGCGACAAGGUCCAGAAGGAGGACGUUUCAGUCCGGUUCUUUGAGUUGAACGGCAACGGGGACGUGGUCUGGGAGGCGCAGGGGGAAUUCGGGCCGACAGAUGUCCACAGACAGUUCGCCAUCGUCUUCAAAACUCCCCGCUACAAGGACUGCUACAUUCAGAAGCCGGUUUACGUCCAGGUCCAACCUGCAGCGCCGCUCCGAUAA